UGUUUUAUUUUACUUUAGUUCACCGCACUUGCUCUAGCUCGUAUUUAACUUAUUUGAGCGCAAUAAACUCAAUUUAAAAUGAUUGGCAGUAAAAAAACGAAGAAGGCGAAUGUCUUCAAGGAAAUCGCAGAGAACUUCGAGCAGCUGACCAGGAAUCCGGAGCGUUUCCUCAAGCCGCAACCGGAACAAGUGGAGGCCAUCGAGCAGCUUAUCCAGCAGACGUACGCCGUGAGCAUCAGCGGGGAUGUGGCCAACAAGGAGGCACUGCUGCCGGAACUGGUGCUGCAGGAGAUGGACGAGGAGCAGAUCUGGCAGCAGCUGGAGAUGCGCAACGAGCUGGUGAUCCAACAGCUGCUGGAGCAGACCGCCCAGCUGACGGCCAUGCGGGAGCAGCACCUGGGCAUCGAGCUGGACGACGGCGAGGAGGAGGAGGAUGAGAACGAAGAUCAGGAAGCCCAAGAGUCGGCCGAAGAGGAAGAAGAUGAGGAAUCAGGUUUCAGCGACGAGGAUAGGGGGCAAGGAAAGGAAAAGACAACAUCACCCGUCAAGGAUAAAAAGAAGCGAGGGCGCAAAUCCAUCGUGGACGAUACCUUCUUCAAGCUGGACGAGAUGAACGAGUUCCUGGAGCAGGAGGACGCCAAGGAGAUGCGUCGGCUGAACAGCAAGCGUCGCGUGGAGCAGGCGGACGACAUCGAUCACUUUGCCGAGGAUUUCGGACUGGGAGAAGAGGAUGAGGAUGGCAAUGUCAACUACGCGGAUUUCUUCGAUAUGGACGAGGAACUGGAACAGCAUGCUAAGAAGUUUGGCAAAGGCAAGCAAAAGGAUUUCUUCAAUGAAAAUGCAAGUGAGAGUGAGCAGGAAGACGAUGAAAAUCCCGAAGAAGACGAGGCAGAUCAGAACGAGGGAGAUGUCCAAGGGGAAGCUGGAGAGGAUCGAGAGGAGGCAGCCAGCGAAAUAGACGAAUCAGAGUUUGUGGCAAAAAGUGGCAUUGAACCUGCCAGCGAUUCAGACUCGGAUUCAGAAAAAGAUAAAGAGGAAGAGGAACCAGCGGAGUUACCCACACAGUCCUCCAAUGAGAUGCGUGAGGCUCGUUUGUUCCAGAGGAUCCGCGACUACGAGGACGUUGUCCUGGGCGAGAAGCCCUGGCAGUUGAAAGGUGAGGUCAAGGCCUCCAAUCGUCCCCAGAACUCUCUGCUCGAGGAGAUUCUCGACUUCGACUCCACCACCAGACCCACGGCGCCCAUUACAGAAGAGGAUAAUCGCUCCAUCGAGGACAUCAUCAAGCAGCGCAUUCGCGACAAAGCCUGGGACGAUGUGGAACGCACCGUGCGCCCGGUGAACACGCCGCAGGAAUAUCGCAAGCAGCUUGUUCUGGACCAGGAGAAGUCGAAGCAGUCUCUGUCGCAGAUCUACGAGGCGCAGUACCAGCGCGAGAUGGAAAAGCUUGACCCGAACCGCGAUGCCGAUGAUAAAACUGGUCCGGAACCCAAAGAACACCAGGAAAUCAAGAAGGCAAUGCGGUCCCUGUUCCUCAAACUGGACGCUCUGUCCAACUUCCACUUCACGCCCAAGCCGGUGGCGCCAGAGAUCAAGAUUGUGACCAACACGCCGGCAGUGCACAUGGAAGAGGUGGCUCCGGUGGCGGUGAGUGAUGCCAAGCUGCUGGCCCCCGAGGAAGUGUUCCGUGGACCCAAGCACGCUCCUCUGGGCAAGACGGAGCGCGACCGGACGGACAAGAACCGCGAGCGCCGGAAGAAGAAGCAGAAGCAGCGGGCCAUCAACUUGGCGCUCGAGCAGCGAGAUCUUCAGCGUGCCAAGGAGGGCAAGGCGCCUACGAAGAAGGAGGCGGAUGCCAAGCUGCUAAAGUCGAUCACCAAGAAUCGCAAUGUUCAGAAGAUCAACGCGAACAGCAACGACCAGGGUGCCCUGAAGUCCUCCAAGGCGUUCUUCAGCAAACUGCAGGACACCGCGGCGGCCACAGCAUCCAACAAGCGACCGAAAAAGGACCCCUCCAAGGCGAAUGCCAAAAGGCUGAAGCUUUAAAUGUACAUUUUAAGACUCCUCCAACUGGUAAUUGCCCUCACCCAGCCAAGUUUGUUCGUCUCCAGUCACGUGCCAGAAAGCGGGCACAGGCACACACUCAAGUGUAUGUCCACAAAGGAUUCCUGGUUGCAAGAAUAACUUUUGGCGCGUCCUGCGAGUCUGGGGAGUCCUCAAUUUGGGGCUCCAUGGGAGCUGCCAUGCGCCGGUACUUUUAAUGUUCCAUGUGCGACUGUCCUGCGUAUGCGUAUGUGAUGUGUGGGCGAUUUGCGUGUGGCUGUGUGCGAGUCAAGGACAUUCGGUGGCCUGGUGAGGCGAUUAGGCACGCGUGUAGCGUGCGGAAUAUUACUAUUUUUAGAAAUUACUUAAAAUAAACUGUUUGCUAUGUAAAUAGGACCCUAAUUAAAGGAA